AUGGGUUCUAUAGAAGGGUUAUCCAAGUCGCUUUCUGACCGGACGAGCGACUGCACUUAUGUCUAUGGCACCCGAUUUGCCACAAUGGCCUUGCCAUCGCAUCAACUUCCGGACGGAGGGAUGCCAAAAGAGGUGGCGUACCAGAUGAUCAAAGAUGACUUGGCCCUAGAUGGUCAGCCAAUCUUGAACCUUGCCAGUUUUGUGACCACAUACAUGGAAGAUGAAGCCCUCAAACUCCUCGCCGAAUCAUCAAAUAAGAACGUCAUCGACCAUGAAGAAUAUCCCAAAUCCGUCGAAAUCGAACACCGCUGUCUGAACAUCCUCGCCGACCUAUUUCACUCCCCAGUCUCCAAAGGAAAUCCAACCGCCUUUGGCACGUCAUGUAUUGGAUCAUCCGAAGCCAUCAUGCUCGCAGUAUUGGCAAUGAAGAAACGCUGGGAAGCCAACCGCAAAUCCCAGGGGAAAGAUGCCUCCAAUCCAAACAUCAUCAUGAGUAGCGGAGUACAAGUAUGCUGGGAAAAAGCAGCCAAAUACUUCGAUAUCGCCGAGAAGCUAGUCCCCUGUACGGAGACGCGAUACGUGAUUGACCCAGUUCUAGCAGUCGACAUGGUUGAUGAGAACACCAUUGGAAUCUGCGCGAUUCUCGGCACGACGUACACGGGUCAGUACGAAGAUGUACAAGCUAUCAGUGAACUUCUCCUUGAAAAGGGACUGGACACGCCUAUUCACGUAGAUGCCGCCAGCGGAGGAUUCGUGGCUCCGUUCGUGAACCCGGAUCUAGUAUGGGAUUUCAAAUUACCCAACGUCGUCUCGAUCAAUGUCUCUGGACAUAAAUACGGACUGGUCUACCCGGGAAUCGGCUGGGCCCUCUGGCGAUCACCAGAAUACCUCCCUGAAGACCUAGUCUUCAACAUCGACUACCUCGGCUCCGAGCAACUGAACUUCACGAUGAACUUCUCCAAACCAGCAUCCCACAUCAUAGCCCAGUACUACCAACUCAUCCGACUCGGUCGAAGCGGGUACACCAGUAUUAUGAGAAACCUCACGAAAACAGCCGACUACCUCACCAGCCAACUAGAAGAAAUGGGAUUUAUAAUCAUGAGCGAAGGGAACGGACAGGGUCUACCAGUCGUGGCAUUCAGAUUGAGUCCGACGCAGAACGUCAUCUUUGACGAAUGGGCGCUUGCCCGGAAACUGCGCGAAAGAGGGUGGAUUGUGCCUGCCUACACUAUGGCAGCUGAUUGUACGGAAAUGGGGAUGAUGAGGGCUGUUGUCAGGACGGAUUUCAGUAUGGGACGGUGUGUGAGUCUGGUGCGGGAUGUGCAGGAUGCUCUGGGGGAUUUGGCCGGUGUGGAGAUUCGGAAUAUUCAGCGGUAUCAGGCGUGA